CUGUCGCCGCCCGUAUCACAGCGUUUAGUUCUGUUUCUUGUGUUCGGGAUUUGAUGCGCGUCGUACGGGGAUCUCUCGGGUAGGGUAGGUUAUGCCAUGAUGGGGUCGUGGAUCUCUGCUCACAACCCCUGCGUAGCAUUUACUUGGAGCAUAUACGGCCGGAUGCGCGUCCAUUGUAAAACGAAAAGUGCCUGAAACGAGGGGCACGCAAAUUUGGGCCGGCCAAAGCUUUGAAUGGACCUGGAUUUUCUGCUAUUUAUCCCCAUUUCCGGGGCCUUUUAUUUGCAUCUAGUUUUUUUCUUCUUCUUUUUGUUGCGAAAACGAAAUAUGCAUGCGGUCCAAGUAAUGUGGAGUUGUCCUUUUCAAAUCCCAACUAGAAUGUGCUAGAGAGUAGGGAAGGCCUCAUCAUUGUGAGGUGCCACAAAUGGUGGAACGGAUUCGUAUCCAGGAGACGUUUGAGGUCGUCCUUCAGCGCUUAUCAUAUACAUACAUCAAGCAGAUCAACAAGGGCUUAAUUCACAAGACAAGAGAGGAUGGGUUUCUUCUCUCUAUUUCUGGUGGCGUCUAUGCCGAUCAUCCAGGUCCUGCUCAUAGGUGUCAUUGGAGCUUACCUGGCCUCUGGUUUCAGCAACGUUCUGACGACGAGUGCUCGAAGGGAUAUGAACAAGGUUGUUUUUACUGUGUUCACCCCAUCUUUGAUGUUCGCCAGCCUCGCGAAGACGGUCACCCUUGCAGACGUCAUUUCUUGGUGGUUUAUGCCAGUUAAUAUAGCGAUCACGUUCAUGAUCGGUGGCACUCUGGGCUGGAUAGCUUGCAACAUCUUGAAGCCACCGCAGCACUUCAGGGGCUUGAUCAUGGCCUUCUGCUCAGCAGGAAACCUCGGAAACCUGCUACUGAUCAUUGUCCCGGCUGUAUGCGACGAAGACGGGAACCCGUUUGGGGAUGAUUCAAGCACUUGCCGCUCACGCAGUCUCUCCUACUCGUCCUUGUCCAUGGCUCUGGGUGGCCUCUUCAUAUGGACGCACACGUACAGCCUGAUGCAGAAGUCCGGCAAGCUGUACCACAAGAUGCAGUCCAAAAGCAUCCAGUGCCCAGCCGACAGCGACGAGGAGCAUGAGCAAGCCAAAGAAGAUGGGCCAGCUGGCUGCGCUGACGAGGAGGCACCUCUUCCGACGUCAGUCAAGCCUCGCGAGCACGAGCACGAGCACGAGCACGGGGAAGAAGAAGAACACCAAAUGGAGGCCCCUCUCUUGUCCUGCGAGAGCGAGGUCGCUGACAAGGGGUUCUGGACGAAGCUGAAAGACGCUAUCCACCAGUUCAUCGAGGAGCUGAUGGCACCGCCCACCAUAUCCGCGAUAAUUGGGUUCGUUGUUGGCCUGGUCCCAUGGCUAAAAUCCCUAAUCGUCGGCGACGGAGCUCCUUUCAAAGUUAUACAGGAUUCCCUCCAGCUGAUGGGCGACGGCACGAUCCCUUGCAUCACCCUUAUCCUAGGCGGAAACCUGACUCAAGGGCUUCGGAAGUCGGGGCUGAAGCGUGCGGUGAUCGUCGCGGUCCUGUGCGUCCGCUUCGUGCUCCUCCCGCUGAUCGGCAUCGCCGUCGUCCGCGCCGCGUACGGGCUCGGCUUCCUGUCCCGCGACCCGCUGUACCGCUACGUGCUGAUGGUGCAGUUCGCCGUGCCUCCCGCGAUGAACAUCGGAACGAUGGCUCAGCUGUUCGACGUUGGACAAGAGGAAUGCUCCGUGAUCUUUCUCUGGACGUACCUCGUUGCCGCGGUUGCGCUGACGGCGUGGUCGACGGUCUUCAUGUCCGUUCUGUCUUGAUUGAAGUCUGUCACCGGAACCAAUGCACAGCCGCAUUUUCCGAGCCUAUUGUUGCUCAAGGCAUUCAGCUUAGCAACAGGAAAGGAGGGGAUGGUGAUGGGUCUCAUGUCUCAAUGAGCAGGAGCAAAAGCUAAAGGUGACAUACAACAGUUUAUAUACACACAUAGGCAGUAGUAGACUAUGAUCAUAUAGGUAAUUGUUUAUUAUUUUAUUGUGUUGGGCUGAUGGGUGAUGGCUGACCUAUUCGUCGGCAAUUAUUGGCAUAGUUCAAACAGUUCAUGGAACUAGAGGGUUCCAUUUUGUUCCAUGUAUACGGACGAAGAAACAAGGAAUCAUCCCUACAGAAAAACAAAUGAAGAAGGGUACUAUUAUUCUUGAGUAUUUGAUCAGUACAUACUAUUAUUCUUGAGUA